GCUGACAUUUUGAUACUCGAUAGAUAGAAAGAAAAAAAUGGUGGAGGCGCUGAAACUGUUGAACCUAACAUGGAACCCAUUGAAGAACAAUUUCAUUCACGCAUUUCGUCGAACACCUCGCACGCUUCUUAUCCGCGCCUCUUCUUCUUCAACCACCUCCUCCGGUCGCAACCGCCGUAAUUCUCCGUCGUCCUCCACCACUUCCACCUCCGAUAGGGAGUCUAUUCGAGCCAUGCGCUUGAAGAAGGUUGAAGAACUUAGAAGCAAGGGGCACAAUCCCUAUGCUUAUGAGUGGAACAAAACGCACAGUGCAAAUCAGUUACAAGAUAUAUAUAAAGAUUUAGGAAAUGGUGAAGAAACUAAUAGUGAGAAUGAUCAUGUAUCUAUUGCGGGAAGAAUUAUCGCUAGGAGAGCAUUUGGAAAGCUUGCCUUUUUGACACUAAGAGACGAUUCAGGGACAAUUCAGCUCUAUUGUGAAAAGGAGAGACUUGAUGAUCAGUUUGAGCAGUUGAAGGCAUAUGUUGAUAUUGGUGAUAUACUAGGUGCAAGAGGAACAAUUAAACGCACAGAAAAAGGGGAACUUUCUGUGUGUGUGCUAUCUUUUGCAAUCCUUACAAAAUCUUUGCUUCCACUUCCUGACAAAUAUCACGGUCUAACUGAUAUAGAUAUACGCUAUCGCCAGAGGUAUGUAGAUAUGAUUGCAAAUCCAGAGGUAGCUGAUGUGUUCCGCAAAAGAGCCAAGGUUGUAUCAGAGAUAAGGAGGACAAUGGAUUCUUUAGGUUUCGUUGAGGUUGAAACUCCAGUUUUGCAGGGAGAAGCUGGGGGAGCCGAAGCUAGACCAUUCGUGACAUACCACAAUUCUCUUGGAAGAGACUUAUAUUUGAGAAUUGCGACUGAAUUGCACCUAAAGAGAAUGCUGGUGGGUGGGUUUGAAAAAGUAUACGAGAUUGGUCGAAUAUUUAGAAAUGAAGGAAUAUCAACUCGUCAUAAUCCAGAAUUUACAACUAUAGAGAUGUAUGAAGCAUACUCAGACUACCAAAGCAUGAUGAAUUUAGCAGAGGAAAUUGUCACUCAGUGUGCUCUUGCAGUUCACGGAAAGCUUACCGUUGAUUAUCAGGGAGUUGAGAUAUGUUUGGAAAGGCCCUGGAGGAGGGAGACCAUGCACAAUCUUGUUAAAGAAAUUUCCGGGAUCGAUUUCGAUGAAUUGGGAAAUGAUCUCGAGGUUGCAAAACAAGCUACUCUGAGUACCCUUGGAAAGAAUCUUGAUAACAAGGAUAAAGCUUCCAUUGAAGCAUGCCAAUCUGCCGGCCACCUACUUAACGAGGUUUUUGAGAUAUAUGUAGAACCAAAGCUCAUCCAGCCUACAUUUGUUUUAGACUACCCAAUCGAGAUAUCUCCAUUGGCUAAACCACACCGCAGAUCCACAGGUUUGACUGAGAGGUUUGAACUUUUCAUUUGUGGUCGGGAACUAGGCAAUGCAUUCUCCGAAUUGACUGAUCCUAUAGAUCAGCGAGGACGCCUAGAAAAUCAAAUUAGACAACAUGAAAAGAAAAAAGCAGCUCUUUCCACAAAUGGUGAUAAAAAAGAGGGAAUAGAGAAUGAGGAUGAUUCGUACGAUGUGACUCUUGACGAAGAUUUCCUAACGGCUUUGGAGUAUGGAAUGCCUCCAGCUUCUGGAAUGGGACUUGGGAUUGACAGGCUGGUGAUGCUUUUGACAAAUUCUCCCAGCAUUAGAGAUGUAAUAGCCUUCCCAGUACUCAAGGUCCAACAAUAAGGACAGUUUUGUUAUUUUAGCAGUUAAUGUAUAUCAGAAUAAUAGAGCUCUCCAUCAUCAUUAUUUACUUUCCUUCAAAAAAAUAUUCAUCAUUAUUUACUAUUUCUAAUGUCAUUGUUUUAAUUAUCAUUAUCAUUUUUAAUUCAUUUGAAUUAUUUGUAUACCACAUGGAAUUUGAUUAAGGAUGAAAGUUUUUCCUUAGUUGAAAGAGCAUUAUGAAUUCAAAGGUUA